CCGCCGCCAUUAGGCCGAUUUGUCUUGUAAUUAUUUUUGGAGCACUUUCAAAUUACUCGGAUUUUUUCCCCCUGAAAAAGGCUAGGAUAAACCGCUCUGCGAGGGACAUUUGACGCGCCAGUUUAUCAGUUGUUUCAAAAGAAGCAGCUCUUUUUCUCCAUCUCUCUCACUGUACUUGUCUCGUCCCCCACUCCCUCUCCUUGCCAAUCUGACGCACAGCCAUCCGGCUCCCUCCGCCGGCCAGAUUACCCACGUUGAGGUCAAGUGUUUUCUUUUCUGAUAGUUUGAGGGAAAUGUAUGCGAGAAAGGGAUAUGAACUAAUUAAAGACCUUGCCAAUGGUGAAAAGGGACAGCUUCAACCUUUCAAUGAAGAUUUGUUUAAUCAAGUUGUUGAUCAAUGUAGUCAGCACUACCUUGAGCUUCAGGCUUUGAUAAGGAAAAUGCAGGAAGAAAGUGUGGAUGUGAGAGAAACUAGAAAUGCAGAGCACUAUGGGGCACUCAUCCACCACCUUUCUUUAAUUCGCAACAAGCGUUGCUUAAUGGCUUACGUGCACAACCGAGCAGAAAUUAUACAAAGUUUUGCUUGGAAGGUUGGGCUUGAGCUUCUUGAGCUCCCAGAAGAAGUUCAAGAGAAGCUCAGUCUUUCAGAGAAAAACUAUUUUGGGAAGCAUUCUGCUGCUUUGCAAUCAUACAUGGCAGAAGUGGGAAUUGAUUUGAAUGUGGAUAUGGUUCCGCCCAAAGAUCCAUACAUCAAGGUGAGAGUCCUUGAUGAUAUGGGUGAAGGGAUAUUACUAAGUGAUAAGACAGCCAAUCUUGCUCGCCAUUCGAUGCACUUUCUUAAACGAACUGAUGCUGAGCAGUACAUUGCACGGGGCUUGAUGGAAGAGCUUACAGGCUGACAUUGAUGCAGGAGUUUCCCAGACAAUCUCAAUGACGAUGGAGUUUCAAAUGUGAACGUGGACCUGCUCUUUAAAUUGCCACAGCUCAAUGCACCGUUACGAUACCUGCUAACACUGUGAGAGAAUUAUAGUUCUGGGUUAUGAUGGUUCCAUAGCUUUGUAGAAAUUUUUUCAAAUUUCCGGAUGUUUAUUUGUGGCUAUUCAUUUAGCCUGAACAUUAUAAUUUUUAAUGCAACUCUAUCGGAGCAUGAUCAUUCCAGAUCC